AUGGCGCCCAGCAAAAUCUCCUGGGGCGCUCGCCUGCGGCCGCCGCCGCCGCCGAUCAGCAAGAGCGACCAUGAGUUUCUGCAGAUGGGGUUGGAGUUCAUGAGCAGCCGCGACGGCAUCAGGGUGUCGGAGCUGAACGAGCUUUUUGACAAGGUGGGGUUCCCGCGCCGCGACCCCGAACGGCUCAAGGUUGCGCUCGACAACACCCACCGCCUGGUGUGGGUGCGGGCCACGAAGCAGAGCCGCGUCGCGCGCCUGGGGCAGCUGCUGGGCUUCGCGCGGGCCACCAGCGAUGGCGUGUUCACCGCGACCAUCUGGGAUGUGGCUGUGGCGCCCGCGUGGCAGCGGGUUGGGCUGGGGCGCGCCAUGAUGGAGCGGCUGACGCGCGGCCUGGUGGAAGACGGCAUCCCCAACAUUACGCUGUAUGCAGAGCCCCAGACUAUCGCCUCAUGCUGA